CGCUCCGAACUCGGCGCGAACCGCGAGCUGGGCUGGCCUGUGGUGUCUGCCCUGCGGACCGGCGGUGUGAGAGGACCACGAGCGGGUGCCGGCUCCGGAGCUUCACGGCUGCCGAGACGGCGCGCGAGAAGCAUCCCUCCUGUGUGCCAGGUGCUAUGCGAAACACUUUACCAGAUCAUCCUAUUUAAUUCUUACACUGAUCCAAUGAAGUUGGCACUAUUGGGAUUCCUGUUUUACAGAUGGAGGAACUGAAACCUAAAGAAGGUACCAAAAUAUAAACAGAAUGGCAGAUUGCUAGUGUUUGACCCAAAGGAAAAAGUGAUGAUUGAACCAAAUGAAGCAAUGUCAGAUAAAUGCCUCUUUGGACGUAGACCAAGAUUGGCAAGCAAACUUUGUACCUUACCAACACAAGUCUCUCUAAAUGUAGCUAGGACAUUCUCAGAAAAGAAGGAAGUCUCUUCAAAAAAUAUUGAAAAUACAGCUUCUUUAAGGAAUACUGAAAAUAGAGUAUCUUCAAAGUAUAUUGAAAAUAAAGAUACAGAAAUGAAUCUACAGUCUAAGCUACGGUCAUCUUCCUUCUUAAAGGAAAACACAGGUCAAGUGAGCAAAGAUGCAGUCCUUGCAGAGCAGGAGAAAAAUAACAAACAUUGCCUUCAGGAUAUUGACGAUAAGUUGUCUGAAUCAACAGACGGUGAUGGUGAAGAUGAUACCAAUGAUGAAGACAGUAACCCUAAUAAGGAUACUCAUGCCCCAUUAGAAUUAAUGGCAGAAUUCCUGAGAGCAGAAAUGGGCCAAGACUACCAUUUGGCAAAAAAAUUAUGUCAGAUGAUCCUAAUCUAUGAACCAGAAAAUCCUGAGGCCAAGGAGUUUUUCUCACUUAUUGAAGAAAUGUUGCUGAUGGAGAAAUCCCAAAAUCUUGAGGAAGAUGAUGAAGAUAGUGAAGAAGAUAGUAGCGGUGAGAGUGAAGGAGAAAGCAGUGAGGAGCUAAGUGAAGAAAGCUCUGAUGAAUGUGAAGACGGGUGAUGAAAGUUGCUGCUAUGGUUCAUUCUUCAUGUAUUUUCAUUACUGUAUACCAUGGAAAUAUAAAGAACAAU